AGCCCGAAGGGGCGGAGCCUGAGCAAGGGGCGGGCUGAUCGGUGAAGACUUGCAGUGGGCUGUGGAGUUGGACCCGGCCGCUGCGUGUUCAGGGUCCUCACCAUGGGGCAGAUCGAGUGGGCCAUGUGGGCCAACGAGCAGGCGCUGGCAUCUGGCCUGAUCCUCAUCACAGGGGGAAUCGUGGCCACAACUGGGCGCUUCACACAGUGGUACUUCGGUGCCUACUCUAUUGCUGCAGGUGUGCUCAUCUGUCUGCUGGAGUACCCUCGAGGGAAGAGGAAAAAGGGUUCCACCAUGGAGCGGUGUGGACAGAAGUACCUGACCGCUGUGGUAAAGCUGUUUGGGCCCCUCACGAGGAAUUACUAUGUCCGGGCUGUCCUCCACUUCCUGCUGUCAGUGCCUGCAGGCUUCCUGCUGGCCACUAUCUUGGGGACUGUCUGCUUGGUCAUUGCCAGUGUGAUCUACCUGCUGGCAGCCAUCCGGGGUGAGCAAUGGACCCCCAUUGAGCCCAAGCCCAAGGAGCGGCCCCAGGUCGGAGGCACCAUCAAGCAGCCACCCACCAACCCCCCACCCCGGCCACCAGUGGAGGUCCGCAAGAAGCCAAGUGUGGGUGAGGAGGAGGCGGCCACGGCUGGAGGCCCCCAGGUCAACCCAAUUCCAGUGACAGAUGAGGUGGUGUGACCUGGUGUGACCUUCCGUGGCUGUCCACAGCUCCUGCUUGAGUGUUCCCGGAGGCGCCACCAGGAGGCGGUGACGCCUACUCUAAUAAACAGUGAAGAGCUGGUGUGGA